CCGGUCACUGCCUUAUGCCGCGGACAGCACCUUCCCUUCCGGCCGGCUGGCCCCGGGGCCCCGGCCCGUCCUCCGCAGAGGCAGCCCCUCGGCUUCCCGGGAAGCGCUCUUUCUCUGAUUGGCAUUGAAACGUACAGCCCUCCCUUUUCCUGUAGGUGGGGUUUCCAUAGGAAAAAGCUGCUUUUCUGUUUCCCCAGCUUAGCAACUGUUUGGAAGGCAGAUCCCCUCAUCCUGCUCCACUGGGUCAAGUCCCUCUCAGACCGGCUUCUGACCAUCAUUUGCUGAAGCGGACAAACGGGCGCCCCUAUGCAGGGUCUUCCCAGCGAUUUCACUUCAUCCGUGCUUGGACCGCUCAGGUCUCUUCAGAUGAAGAUGGCCUUGCCUGGGAAUCCCUCUCAUUCCAUCGUCAUCUAGUUAUGGGACGAGGUUGUGCCAGCAGGUCUGGGGGCAGAAGAACGGGGCAGAUCAAGCUCCCCAGGAAGCACUGGAGGACUUGCCCGGCCUUGAAGCACUCUAGUGGUUUCUGAAUCUAGCCGCUCUGGUGGUAAGCAUGAUGCGACUGCUGCCGUUCCUACUGGGGCUCUGGGGGCCAGGUGGCUAUUUGCUCCUCUCAGGGGACUGUCAGGAGGUGGCCACUCUCACUGUGAAGUACCGAGUAUCAGAGGAAGUGCCGCCCGGCACGGUGAUAGGGAAGCUGUCCCAGGAACUGGGCUGGGAGGAGAGGCAGGGGCCAGCGGGGGCUGCCUUCCAGGUCUUGCAGCUGCGUCAGGCCCUCCCCAUCCGGGUGGGCUCCAAGGACGGCCUGCUCAGCACCGGGACGCGGCUGGACCGAGAGCAGCUUUGCCGGCAGCAGGAUCCCUGCCUGCUUUCCUUUGACGUGCUUGCCACAGGGGAUUUGGCUCUGAUCCACGUGGAGAUCCAGGUACUGGACGUCAACGACCACCAGCCACGGUUCCCCAAAAAUGAACAGGAGCUGGAAAUCUCAGAGAGUGCCUCUCUGCGCACCCGGAUCCCCCUGGACAGAGCUCUCGACCCGGACACUGGCCCCAACACCCUGCACUCCUACACCUUGUCUCCCAGUGAACACUUCGCUCUGGAUGUCAUCGUGGGGCCUGAUGAGGCCAAACAUGCGGAGCUUGUGGUGGUGAAGGAGCUGGACCGGGAAAUCCACUCGUGUUUUGAUCUGGUGCUGACUGCUUAUGACAGUGGGAGCCCCCCCAAGUCAGGCACCAGCUUGGUCAAGGUUAACGUCCUGGACUCCAACGACAAUAGCCCUGUGUUUGCUGAAAGUUCGUUAGCACUAGAAAUCCGGGAAGAUGCCGCCCCUGGCACUCUCCUCAUAAAUUUGACGGCCACUGAUCCCGACCAGGGCCCCAAUGGGGAAGUGGAGUUCUUCCUCAGUAAGCAUGUGUCUCCAGAGGUGCUGCACACCUUCCACGUAGAAGCCAAGACAGGCCAGGUGAUCCUGCGUCAGCCCCUCGACUACGAGAAGAAUCCUGCCUACGAGGUGGAUGUCCAGGCAAGGGACCUGGGUCCCAGUCCCAUCCCAGCCCAUUGCAAAGUUCUCAUUAAGGUCCUGGAUGUCAACGACAAUGCGCCGAGCGUCCAUAUCACGUGGGCCUCCCAGCCAUCCCUGGUGUCGGAAGCUCUUCCCAAGGACAGUUUCAUCGCUCUUGUCAUGGCAAAUGACUUGGACUCAGGAAACAAUGGUCUGGUCCACUGUUGGCUGAGUCAAGAGCUGGGCCACUUCAAGCUGAGAAGGACGAAUGGCAACACAUACAUGCUGCUAACCAACGCCACGCUGGACAGAGAGCGGUGGCCCAAAUAUACCCUCACUCUCUUGGCCCAAGACCAAGGACCGCAGCCCUUAUCAGCCAAGGAACAGCUCAACAUCCAGGUCAGUGAUGCCAACGACAACGCCCCAGUGUUUGAGAAGAGCAUGUACGAGGUCUCCACUAGGGAAAACAACCUGCCCUCCCUCCACCUCCUUACCAUCAGGGCUCACGAUGCGGACCUGGGCAUUAAUGGAGAGAUCUCAUACCGCAUCCAGGACUCCCCAGUCUCUCACUUGGUAGCUAUUGACUCAGACACAGGAGAGGUCACUGCGCAGAGGUCACUGGACUAUGAACAGAUGGCCAGCUUUGAGUUCCGCGUGAUCGCGGAGGACAGGGGGCAGCCUCAGCUUGCAUCCAGCGUCUCUGUGUGGGUCAGCCUCCUGGAUGCCAACGAUAAUGCCCCAGAGGUGACUCAUCCCAUACUCAGUGAUGGAAAAGCCAGCCUCUCCGUGCUCGUAAAUGCCUCCACAGGCCACCUUCUGGUGCCCAUUGAGACUCCCAGUGGCGUGGGCCCAGUGGGUGCCGACACCUCACCACUGGCCAUCCACGGCCCCCGGCCAUUCCUUUUGGUAACCAUUGCAGCGAGAGAUGCAGACUCCGGGGCCAAUGGAGAGCUCCUCUACAGCAUCCGGAGUGGGAAUGAAGCCCAGCUCUUCGUCCUCAGCCCCCACCUGGGGCAGUUGUUCAUCAACACCACCAAUGCCAGCAACCUCAUUGGGAGUGAGUGGGAACUGCAAAUAGUGGUAGAAGACUGUGGCAGCCCCUCCUUGCAGACGCAGGCCCUGCUGAGGGUCUUGUUUGUCACCAGCGUAGAUCACCUGAGGGACUUGGCCCGUGAGUCUGGGGCGCUGAGCACCUCGGUGCUGACGGCGGUUUGCCUGGUUGUGCUGCUGGCCAUCUUCGGGUUGAUCUUGGCUCUGAUUGCGUCUAUCUGCCGCACAGAGAAGAAAGACAACAGGGCCUACAACUGUCGGGAGGCUGAGUCUACUUACCGCCACCAGCCCAAGAGGCCCCAGAAACACAUCCAGAAGGCAGAUAUUCACCUCGUGCCCGUGCUCAGGGGCCAGGUGGAUGAGCCCGGAGGAGGUGGGCAGCCCCACAAGGAUGCUGGCAGGGAAGCAAUGAUGGAAGCAGGCUGGGACCCCUGCCUGCAGGCCCCCUUUCACCUCACACCGACCCUGUACAGGACCCUGCGUAACCAAGGCAACCAGGGAGUGCAGCCAGAGAGCCGAGAGGUGCUGCAGGACACUGUCAACUUCCUCUUCAACCACCCCAGGCAGAGGAAUGCCUCUCGCGAGAACUUGAAUCUCCCUGAGCCCCAGCCUGCGACCGGUCAGCCACGCUCAAGGCCCCUGAAGGUCACGGGCAGCCCCACAGGGAGGCUGCCUGGGGAGCAGGGCUGCGAGGAGGCCCCGCUGAACUCACCAGCCUCCUCUGCAACCCUGAGGCGGCAGCGGAAUCUCAACGGCAAAGUGGCCCCUGAGAAAGAGUCAGGCCCCCGUGAGAUCCUGCGGAGCCUGGUCCGGUUGUCUGUGGCUGCCUUCGCAGAGCGGAACCCCGUGGAGGAGCUCACUGUGGAUUCUCCUCCUGUUCAGCAAAUCUCCCAGCUGCUGUCCUUGCUGCAUCAGGGCCAGUUCCAGCCCAAACCAAACCACCGGGGAAAUAAGUACUCGGCCAAGCCCAGCGCCAGCAGGAGUGCAAUCCCAGAAACAGAUCCCAGUGCCACGGCUGGUGGCCAGGCAGAACCGGACCAGGAGGAAGGUCCUCUGGACUCUGAAGAGGACCUCUCUGUGAAGCAGCUGCUAGAAGAGGAGCUCUCCAGCCUGCUAGACCCUCACACAGGCUUGGCGCUGGACCGGCUGAGUGCCCCCGACCCAGCCUGGAUAGCGAGGCUGUCCUUGCCCCUGGCUACCAACUACCGCGACAACGUGUUCUCCCCGGAUGCCGCGGCUUUGGAGGAGCCGAGGACCUUCCAGACGUUCGGCAAGGUGCCGGGGCCCGAGCUGAGCCCCGCGGGCACGCGGCUGGCCAGCACCUUCCUCUCGGAGAUGAGCUCGCUGCUGGAGCUGCUGCUGGAGGGGCGCAGCGGCGUGCCCGUGGAGGCGGCCUCGGCGGCGCUGCGGCGGCUCUCCGCGUGCGGCAGGACCCUCAGUCUGGACCUGGCCACCAGCGGGGCCUCGGGCACAGGUACAGGGGCCCCACGUGGAAAGAAGGGGGCCAAGGGCAGGACCGACCGCAGCAGCGGCCUGUGGACCCCGGAACCGGGGGUCCUGGCGGGUAUUGGGGAGUCCAGACCCGGAGGAUCCUGCAACAUGCGCUGGUUUCUAAAAUCUUUGAACUCACUGACCAGAGGUGCCCCAAGAAAUUUAGGAUGACUGAUGCUGCCCCACAGAGGAGGGUGGGCCCAGGACUAGCCGCUGGCUGACCAAAGCAGCCCCUUGUUAGGGGAUGGCUCUGCCUGUGGAUUUUUUUUUGGAGGACAAAGACAGUUUGUGACUAAGUGUUUGCUGGCAAAACACAUGUAGAGCACAGAGGGUCGCUCCUCCUGUGGAACAGAUGCCAGGGAGUGUCGCAGCAGGAAAGAUGGCCUCAUUGCAUACUAGAGGGUGGGGGCUGGGUCCCGGGGCACCAGGCAGAGCUCUCUGACCUACUAAUAAAGGAAAAGCAGUGGCUCCUUAUCCUGUUUGCACCUGGGGAGGAAAGAGGAACAGCAUAAGGGUUCUUUGUUAUCCAGUCACCAGCAGAGGGUCAUGCUGGGCCUGGGCAGGAGUGGGGCAGUCGGUGCAUGUUGGGUAUGCAACAAUGAACACAUGUACUCUUGACCCCAUUUCUCUAUUGUAACAUUAUCAAAUAAUCUGCUUCUCGGCUGGAAAAUUAGGGCCAAGAAAAGUGACUAUUUAUAGAGCAUUUACUUGAGCCAGGCAUCAUGUUUUACAAUAGGAUUUAAUUUAAUUUCCCAACAACCCUGGAAGGGAAGGGACGUGUUAUCCCUGUUUCAUCCGCAAGGACAGGAGGCUUGGAGAGACCAAGAGGAAAGGCAGAGCCAGGCUUGUCCAACCCCAAAAAGCAUGCCCUCCGCCUUGACACUAGGCUGCCAGCGAAGAAAGGAGACACAAAGCCCCCAUAGGUGAGCUUUUGCCGGGCGCAGCCUUACUUGAGUUUCCCUCAAGAAACACCAUUGAAGAGAACACGUCUGUGCUCCCAAGUACAGAGCAAGGGGGACCUGGACCUGACCUGAUGAGGGCCUGGGCCUCUGCAGGCUCCCGUCCUUUCCCAGCGAGGAACCCUUCAGGCACAGAGGUCACCUUUCUAGACCCCCUGCUCACAGGUACGUCUUCCUCUGACCCAGCGGGUUUGGACCUGUGAAUGCACGCCCUUGAGGCCAACAGAUGAACUGGGUCUAUGAAAUCAAUACUGACAGCAGCAAACCUUCCAGGGGAAGAGGGAGUGAAGCAGCAGCAAGUAUUUUCCCAAGGCUCAGCUUCUCAUUUUCCUGGAAAUUUCCAAGCAGUCAUUCAGCUAGCUAGCUAGCUUCCCAAUAGCAUCGGGCUCUCCUCAACACCCAAGGCAAAAAUUCCUCUUUGUACUCCACCUUUGGUCCUUUUGGAGAUUAGUACUCACGUUCACUGUCCACAAAAAUGGGUCAAUUAUCCUCCCCGCUAGGGAUGAUGAAAACCAUAUAUAUUUGAAAUGCAGCAUAGAUUAUUUUAUUGUUCCAUUUUACAAAUGAAAAAAA